AUGCUAGUGGCGUUAUUGUGCUGCAGGAAGUUCGUGUUGCAGCUAGCGUCUGAGGCUCAUGAUGAUGCCCACAGCACAUUGGGAUUCUUACAGGAGCUGCACGAACGCACCACAGAUGAGCUGAUACACACAGCAGCACGCAACUUGGAGGUGUGUCUGCAGGUGUAUUUCAGGCGUGAGGGGGUGUGUCUAGGGGAGGAGCUGAGUAAGGACACAAAGGUGCUGUUUAGUUACCUGGCCAGAGAACCAGACAUACACCCGUUCUGCUUAAAGGGUGUCUACACUCAGGUUGUGUCUUUGUACCUGAAGCAUCUGUUGCUAAGCAACCAGAGUCAGUUGGAGAGGAGGUGGGGCCAGGUUGGCACGGUGAUCAGAGCAGACGCGGAAGUAAUACAUAAGCUCUUUACCCAACAGAGUGAAGGUGUUGUCAAUAGGAGUGUGUUGCUGCUGAAGGUUGCCACGGUUCUGAGUGUCACUGAUGAGGAGACUUUCAACAGCACAUGCAGAGAACUGCAACAGGACACACACAUCAGUAAGGAACAGGUAAACCAGCUGAUCCUCUGGAAAGACAGGUUGUCACGACAACAAGUGAAGAAUCUCCUGGAUACUGCCCCCCAGUCGCUAUGGAAACGCCUCCCCAGCCUCUGGACUCGGACCUCUCAAUCAGCUGCCAGCAUCGUCUGACACACACACACACACACACA